AGAAGAAGUUCUCUCCUGUGGCUUCACGCUGCUGCUACUCUGCUCUCGCCGGCUUGCUCAGUCUGGACUGUCGUCUUGGUUGUUGUGGCACUGUGUGUUAACAGAGUGAAAAAAACUUCACUUGCUGCGGGGAACAAGGAUUUCGCAUUAUGGCCCUAAACUUUACCAUCAACUCGAGCAAUCCUCCCCUGGGUAAGGAGCAGCCAAAAGUUUCGCCAGUGAAUUGUGUGCAUGUCCAAAGUGACAGCUGACAGGUUAACCUCAGCUGUUUUUCGUGUCAUCCUGAUGAGUAACACAUAUCGUUUGAGAGAGAGAUUUCUGAUGCAUCUGUGUCUGGUUUAAUGGUUUAAUGCCAGUAGUGUGGCGUUUGAUCCUGUGGUAACAAGCGAAUUUGAUGCUGAAUUCAAAUCGGUUCCCAGUUGCUUUAGUCUGCGUGUGAGAAACGUCUGUAACUUGACCAACAUAUUAUUUUCGAUGUACAUGGUGUUAUGUGAAAAUGGGCGUGUAUUAGACGUUAGCAUUGUCGUUACAAGCCAGCUAAUCCGUGAGGGUACAACUCCGGUGUUCUAACGAAUAGUGCUACCAAUCAAGAUGUGCUACUGAACAGAUAUGCGCACGCGCAAGGCUUCAAUUUGAGGUACUUGCAACUCCUUGUAAUCACUAAAAUGAACAAAUGCCUACUUUUAAAAUCUUAAAUGAGAAUUUAAAGCAUUUAAAAACAAACAUCAUAUUUCCAUAUGGUGUUAACACAGAGGAGGAAAAAACGAGAGGUGCUAGUCUACUGGGUAACGUUACUCCUCAAAUCCUUGGUAUUUUUUUGUAAUCAGAUCAUGAAGACGUGAUCCCCAUACGCUUACAAAGCAAAUCUGGCGCAUUGUCAUUUAAUAUUUAGCAAUUACGAAAUACUGAAAUGAAUUACUGAAAGAUUAGCUCGCGCAUGAUAUUAAUAGCCUAGCUGUCCUUGGUUCGCGGUACGAUAGCAGUAUUUUUGAAAAGCGGCACAAGUCCACAGAACACCGGCUACAACCAGCUAACGUUAGCGAGCCUGCCGUCGUGGCAGUGGACCACAACAUGUGCAAUUGACGGAGGCUAACACAGAUUAGCUUGGUUUGGGGGGGGGCUCAGACUAUAACUUGAUGCAAUAAUAUAUAAGAACCUGGUGUAUUGUGUAAGCAAUGUUUAUGACAGUUACCAAGGAUUAGCACAUCAGGGGUUUUUUAAUCAAGGGAAUACAAUUGAUCAGCUAUGACACUGGCUAAGCAGCCCACGGCUGUGCUACAACAGGCUGAUGCAAGCUUGCUGGAACUAAAUGCUGGUUGUGGACUGCACUUUCUUGCUGUGGACGAUUAUUUCUGUUCCAUUUCAUCAGCACUUGUUUCCUUUAGUAUUUAGCCAUUGUUAUUUUAAGGGUUGGAUUACAACCAUAUCCCCGUGUUUUCCCCUUACAGUGAUAAACCUCCUGAAAGUGAAAGCACCUUUGCAGCUCCCCAAUCAAAAUACUGAGAAAGAAAAACCUGUCAGCAUUACAAGCUCAGAGCCCGAUUUACAUUGUCAGUUAAUUUUGUGCUAUAGGCUUUAUUUUUUGAACUGGUUUGAGUUUUGCGACUUUUUCUGUUUUGUGUAAAUCUUGUCUUUGUUUAAAUGUAUUUUCCCUCACAUAACCAAUUUUGGGAUUUAAGAUUCUCUUAUAGCUGUUGCAGACUUGUGACCUUUCUGUUGACUAUAGAGAUGUUAGGGCUGCUUGAUAUUAAGAUAUUGUAAUAUCUUUUAACUAAGGGAUAUACUUAAAGAUAUAAAAAAAAACAGAAUUUUACCAAAUGCAUUGCCGAAAGCAUCUUUUUCUUUUCUUUUUUUUUAAGACUGUUUAUACCAGAAAUUAAUGUGCAGCUAUGUUGCGCAGUGUUGUAGUUUCAAUACAAAGUGUGAAAUACAAACUUCUAUGAAACUGUGUAUACUAGCUCAAUUAAGAAUUUCUAUGUCUGUCUUUUUUGUAGCAUGUCACUCCUGAAAUCCCACAAACCCCUCAAUUAGCAUCAAGUGGUCUGAAGGUAGCUAACAGCUAUGUAGAGUUUCAUUGGGCUGCACUGGACAAGACAAAAGAUUCUACUGUAAAUUUAUUCUUAAUCAAAAAUGCACUAAUGUUUCUGGUGUCUGUUUACAAUACCACAAAAAUGCUUCCAUAUGUCAGUCGUGUAAGGAAUGUAUUCCAUGCAAACGUGUUUGCACAUGAAAGCCGUCUUGGCAUGCACAUAUCUAACAUUUUGGUAAGUAACAAUAUUAGCUGAUAAUUAUUAGAUAAAUUAAUCUAUGCAGAUACACACAAUGACUUUUUAAGCUAUUAUUUGAAGAUAUUAAUACUAUGCAGAUUACAUAAGGCAUCCCUAAUAUUUAUGCAAAGUUAACACCUGCUCACACUAACACUGACUAUGUGAACAAACUAUAUGAGCCAAACAGUGCUUCUACAAACAGUACACAGCUGUUGAGGCAGGUCGUCUUCAAAGCUGCAUAUUAGGAAGAGUGUACAGGUUUGACAUUCCAGGGCCAGUUCAGCAGGUUUUCUAGCAAACACGCCUGUAAAGAUGACUAAUUAUUGAGGUCAUGGUCGUUAAAAACAUCAACAUACACAUACAUACAUGUAUUUAUGAAUCCAAGUAAGAGCAAUAUCCAAGAAGGUUAAGACUUGUGGAUUCUCUGGUUAAGAUUUACUAAGGUUUUGUGCUGCCAAAGCAAGUUUUCCACUUACAUAAACCAACAAUCUUCUUUGUCUUGAAGGAGCGCUCCUGGCAGCCGAGCAUGUGAAAGGCAGUGUGCAGGUAUCAGUGGAGGAAGGCAAAGACACCCGGCUUCAUGUCUCAGAGUAUGUGUUUGUGAUUGACCUGUCUUACUGAAAGAGUUUGUCUGAAGGUGCAGAAAACCAUCUCAUUCUGCCUCCUCUCUCUUUCCCCCAGUGCAGUCCAGUUCAGUGAUGCUAACUCCAUCAGUCGGUACUUGGCUCGGGUGGCUCCCGCUCUGGGUCUCUAUGGAUCCAACAUGAUGGAGCAGACUGAGGUGUGUUUCUGUCAGUGUUAAAAAGUCCUCUUUUACAGAUUGCUGUUCUUUCUCCUGAUGUCAAAUACUGCCUGGUAUCUGCAGGUCGACCACUGGUUGGAGUUUAGUGCUCGGCGCUUGUGUGGUCAGCCUGGUUUGGCUGCAGCUCUGGCUGAACUGGAUAAGGCUCUCUCCCUGCGGACCUUCCUGGUUGGACAUACGGUCACCCUUGCUGACCUCUCUGUCUGGGCUGCUCUCAAAGGUCGGUACUAACAGGGUGUAGGAACAGAAUGGAGUCAUUCUGCUUAAUGUGUCAGUGUUAUUAUCAGCCAAUGGUUUGUACAGCAAAUAUGCCAGUACCAAUCCAAAACCAUCACUUAGAGUUAUGAACAAACCACAACAGUAUUAUAGCUCUAAUCAGUGCUUUUCCUAUUUAGUUAAUCUGAUGCUGGAAUCAGGAAGUCUAAUGUCAUGGUGUCAUGGUGUUAUGUCUGAAGUUAAACAGGUUGUGGUUGUUUCUCUGCAGGUCAUAGUGAGUGGCCAGACCAAGGGAAAUCCUUCUCCCAUGUCACUCGCUGGUUUUCUUUCCUGAGCUCUCAGGUUCCCUUCACAUCUGUGGGGAACAAGUACGCCAGGAAGAAUCCCCCAAUGAGCAAAUCAAAUGUAUGUCUAAUUUCAGAUGCUAGUAGUUGAGUUUUAGUUUAAGGGGCUAUUUAAGUAUUUUUGAAGUGGAGAUGUGUGAGUUAUUUGUCACUAGUUGGUGUAUUAGCAACAGUAGAUGCGGUUCAGUUUUGCCCCUUUAAUGAGAAACUGACAGUAGAACCAACAAGCUGCUCAGCUGUAUUUUUUACAGACCGCGCCAUACCUUUUUUUUACUCAGGUCAGAGCGAUGGUUCAUGCUGGAAGUUUUGUGAUAAACAUGUCAUUUUUAAAAAUGGUGUCCCCUGUUGUUUUCUGACAGUUUAUCUCUGUGAUUAACAGUCAGAUGAAAAGAAGCAGGAUGUUGGCAAGUUUGUGGAUUUACCAGGAGCUGAGAUGGGCAAGGUGGUGGUUCGAUUCCCUCCUGAGGCCAGUGGGUAAGGCCUUAAUCAGAGUUUAGGAAAAGUUCACGCAUUUUAUAGUCAUGAGGUUCAUCUUUGUGUUUGGAAAGAUGUACAGCGUCCUCAACGGGGACUGUUUCUUAUGUCUUAAUUUGACCAGAUACUUGCACAUCGGCCAUGCAAAGGCUGCUUUGCUGAACCAGCACUACCAGGUGACAUUCAAAGGCAAGCUCAUCAUGCGCUUUGACGAUACCAACCCUGAGAAGGAAAAGGAGGACUUUGAGAAGGUAAAACACUGAUAUGACAGAGCAAAUGAGAAAGCAGUCCUGUCCGAUGAAAAUAGACAAUCAAAGCGAUUUCUGUUCAGGUGAUUCUGGAAGAUGUCGCCAUGCUCCAGAUCCAUCCAGACCAGUUCACCUACACCAGCGACCAUUUUCCCACCAUCAUGAAAUUUGCUGAGCAGCUGCUUGCUGAGGGCAGAGCCUACAUCGAUAACACUCCACCUGAGCAGAUGAAGCAGGAGAGGGACCAGCGCACAGAGUCCAAAUGCAGAAAUAACAGUAAGCCUGCGGAAACACGAAAUGACUUUCAAACACAGCGGCUGUUGAAGCCACAUCAUGACAAUGUCUCAUUUUUUCACUCCUCCCUCUCUCUUCUGUAGCGGUGGAGCAGAACAUGAAGAUGUGGUCUGAGAUGAAAAGUGGGACAGAGUUUGGUCAGACCUGCUGUAUGAGAGCAAAGAUUGACAUGAACUCUAACAACGGCUGCAUGAGAGACCCCACCCUCUACCGCUGCAAAAACACCCCCCACCCCCGCACAGGAAGCACUUACAGGUACUUGAGUCUGACAUGUUUCUUGAUAAAAAAGCCCUUUUUUUCUCGUCAAUAUAAUUUAAAAAAGAGAAGUCUUAAAACGUACACUCUAACGUUACCCUCUUCUUCCUCCCAGAGUCUACCCAACAUAUGAUUUUGCCUGUCCCAUCGUGGACAGUUUAGAGGGAGUUACUCAUGCUCUGAGGACCACCGAGUACCACGAUCGUGAUGAGCAGUUCUACUGGAUCAUUGACGCCCUGCACCUCAGGAAGCCCUACAUCUGGGAGUAUGCCAGACUCAACCUCAACAACACAGUGCUGUCAAAGAGGAAGCUCACCUGGUUUGUUGACCAGGGCUACGUGGACGGAUGGUGGGUUUGGUUAGAUGUGUCUCGUAAUCAAUGUUUACCAAUGUGAAUAUCAGGAACAUAGUGUUUGACAACUUUGUAGCCUCAUUUCCCACUUUUUUUUUUUUCACUAUCUCUGUCAUAUGUUUUCUUCUAACUUUUCUCAUUUUGUUUUCCAGGGAUGAUCCUCGUUUCCCCACUGUCAGAGGAGUCUUGAGGAGAGGCAUGACAGUCGAGGGCUUGAAACAGUUCAUAGCAGCCCAGGUACAUCUGCCAUAGCAUAUGGCUUUUUAAGAAUAAAAUAGUAAAACUGAUGACCAAAGGCAUUAAAAUGAUAAGGUUUACUUUUCUUACAUCUUUAGCCUCUUUCACACAUGUCAUUUUCAGUAGCUCUGCUUCUUAGGUACUCCAAAGUUUCAAGUUUUCUUCAAAAUAUUCUCCUCCUUCAGCCUCAGAUGUUUUUAGAGAUGAGAUGAGAUGAGAUUUAUUGUCCCAGAGAGGGGAUUUGUCUUAGGCCAUAGUGCAGAAGAAGCAUACAGAAUUUAACAUAAAAAUAAACAAAAUAACACACAGGAUGGCAAAUAUAAAAUGCAGGUAGAGUACUAGACUUUAUAAGUUAGCCUGUUAAAGUGUGACUCUACCAGGUUUGUCCUGGUCAUGUGAUCUUAAAGUCACCCCCUCUAUCUCCUUAAUGUUUUUUGCUGUGUUCACACUUCUGCUCACCCUGACUCCUUCGUGCUAAAAUUUUACUCAGUGGUCUAGCAGGAAAAUUUCAGGUUAAAGUCCUGAAAAUUUGUGUCCACACAUGCAGCUUAGUCAGAAAAUAUUGUUAGGUUUUCAGGAGUUUUGGGCAUGUGGGAAAACUGCUUCAGGAGCAUUUAAAGAAACCAGAGUUUAGGCAUCAAAUUCUCAAAUACUGAUCUUUUUAGAGGUGUACCUUGUUUAGUAGUCUUCUUUCCACUGUCUGGGAGUCCAACAACUCUGAUGUCAAAAUCAAGACACUACAGCUUCUCUGUUACCUCCAUGAGAUGCAGACAGACCAUUGAUUCUUCCUAAUAUGUGUAUUUCUCUCUGUGGCCUCCAGGGUGGAUCCAGAUCAGUGGUAAACAUGGAGUGGGACAAGAUCUGGGCCUUCAACAAGAAGGUAAAUGUUACUCCUUUGUCACUUUAACAGAUUGCUGUGGUGCUGAAAUAGUUGAGCUGUAUACCAACAAUGUAAAAAAGUGAUUCUGACUUUUUUCCACUAUUAGGAUGACUGAAUGGUUGAAAAUAUUCUCAAGUAUUUUUCUGUAGACUGACGGCUGUGUCAGUCUUCAAGGCCCUAAUGUAACCCCACCUUGUAUGAAGGACACUUGAUGGGGGGGCAUCAAUCCAACUUUUAAAGGGAUAGUUUCCUUUUUUUAAUGAGGCUGUAAUAAGUGUGUUAUAGCUGACAUGAAAGCAAGACUAUUUACCACUACUUUUCUGUCAGCCCAUUUGUUAUAGCACUUUUUGCCAGACCCCCCCCCCAUCCUGCAGCACCUCCACUAAAAUAUCAAACUAUCCCUUUAAGUCUGCAUACAAACCUGGUUUGGGGCUAUCAGCAGACUUAAAGUAUCAUGCUCAAUGAUAACAAUAUGAGAGACUGGGAUUGUUCAUUUGUGUGCAAAGCUACGUACAUCAGACUGCUUAGAUUUUGCUGCUUUUUUACCUUGUUACACCAAAUGUACCAGCCUCCUGAGAUCUGACCCAUUGUUACAACACUUGAUGCCGUCACUGGCCUAGGAUCAUAUGUGAUAUCUGGACCUUUAUCUGACUGGUGCAUAGCUACUCAGAGUUGUAUCUACCAGGAUACAACUGCAGUCAGUUCUGGUGUGCUGAUGUGUUAAAUGUUGUUUUAGAAGGAUGAAGACAUAUUUUAGAUCCAUGAAGUAUGUCAGAGAGAAAGGGGGGAUAAUAUGACACACAAAGACCUCACAGGUUUCAGCCUGUACCUGACAGAGGUGCGGAGAACUGCCUGUGGGUUCCCUGCUGGCAUGGCUUCUUCCUGCUUUGCUCUUCCCAUUCUGUUUAACACUUCCAUUGACCUCUCUUUUUUUCUUCUCCCACCCUGCCCUUGCCUUCCAUUUUACAUCCCAAUAACUCUAAAGCCUCCAGAAACCAAACCAGCCGCCUCAUUUCAUGUCACAGAUGUGUUUGUGUUGGUGUUGUUUUACCCUUUUCCAUCUGUCUUGACUGUAGUGUUGCUUCCUCUGUGUGGUUUUUCUCGCUGGCAUUUGCUGCUUCAUCCCCAGGUCAGACAGACAGUGUCAAACUCACAGAUGAAAUCUCUCACUAGUUAAUCACAGCAUACAGUCUGAAUUCCAAAUAGGUUGGGAUCCUCUGUAAAACAGUGAUAAAAACAGCAUCUGUUGGUUUGUUAAUCAUUCAAUCCUCAUAUUUUAUUCAAAACAGUUUGAUGACAAACAUAUGUUGAAACCAAAAAAAGUGAUUUGUUUUGUUAAACUGUUAUUUUGAAUGUCAUGCAGGCAGCAUGUUUCAAAAUGGUUGGGACAAGGACAUGUUUACCAUCGGUAACAUUCAUUUUCUCUAAAGACACUCUCUAAACUCCUCUAUAUCAGGCAGGAACUGAGGAGAUCUUGGGAUCUCCUUUGUUUCAGUUUUGUUUCAUCAGAUGAUUUCUAUGGGUAACAAAUGGGCAGUCCAUGCUUUUGUAAUUCGUGCCAAAUGAAGUCGGUGUCUUCUUGUUGUAUUAUGCGGGAUCUUACCUGAAUAAGGCAUCAUUGAAAUUGCAUCAUGUUCUGCUGCAGAACAGGUAUCUUUUAGCAUCAAUAGUGUCUUCUCAGAUGUGUAAGGUACCCAUACUAUGAGCACUUCUGCACCCCCAUACUGUCACACAUGCUUGCUUUUGAACUGUGUGCUGAUGAAGAGACAGUUUCUCCCUCCCCUUCUCUAGAGUUGAGAAUACAGUAUCCAUGAUUUUCCUCAAAAAGUAGAUAUUAUUUUAGACCUCAGUAAAGUUUUCCACACCUCUGUUCAUCUUCAACAAAAUGCUCGUGUUCCUAUAUAAUUUGAAUGUAUGUUAUGGUUUUCUCUUUGCAUGGUUCAGUUUUCACCUGAAUUUAGGGAUUUAGUCACAAACAGACAGGGAUUCUUUAAGGUCAGAGUCAUGUCUGUUUUUAAUUCAGUGCUGUCAGAGAGCCUGACUAUCACAACCAUACAGUAUUAGUUUUUGUCUGUCAUCUCUCAUCUUAACCACUGAGAGACUCAGCCUCUCUAGCUUACCCUCUAAAUAUCCAGUUAUGUUAUUUAUCUCUUAACCUAAUCAGUUGGGAGGCUUUCAUUACACAACUUAUUCAGUGUUUUGUCGUCCUUGUCCCAGUGUUUUUGAACUUUGCUUCAUCUUUGCACUAUUUUAAAUAAAAUACAUGAUUUAAAUGAUUUGCAAAUGUUGUUUUAUCAACAUUUUAUGCUGUCCCAAGCUUUUUCAGAAUCAGGGUUGAACAUUUAAAGUUAAGACUAGAAUGGUGAGCAAUGAGAGUCUCAGAGUUAUUAUUUUUUUUAAAUGAAAAAAGAUCAUUUGCUCUUGUAAGAAACAAACAUUCAGGAACAAACAAUCCCCUCUGUUAAUGCAAAGAGCUUCAUGUGCAUGAUUUACUAACCCAUCCUACCUGCCCUCUUCAGACAGUUUGAAGUCCCCAAGGCUCCUUUACUUAAACUUGGAGGUAUUUAACUUGCUGAAGUAGUUCAUUUCUAAAUGUGGUCAUAUUCUUUUGUGUGUGUGUGUGUGUGUUUUAGCUAGUCUAACAUCAGACUCAAGCCUUUAAAUCCAGUGAACAGCAGGUUCACAUGAUGUUGUUGAAACAACAACAAAAACUAGGGCCCCGUUGGGGCACUGGCGGGCCCGAGCCGUGUCGCGCCCCCCCCCCCAACGCGCUGCCUCCCCGUCCCAUUCGCGUCCUCUGGCCAUCGCCCUCUCUGGUAACGCCCAUCACUACAAAGACCCUUUUCCUUCAUCGGCGUUUGCUGUUCUUCCUGCCAGUGCGUGUUGCUUUCACUUACACUUGCCACAGCCAGCCUCGUGAGUGCCUAGCCUAUUGGAUAUCACUGUCACCUACACAGGACAGUCAUUACCUUUCUAUUAAUACUUUGUUUUUUAAUUUCACAUUAAUUUCCAUAUUGUAUAAACGACUGGAAAAAACUUGAGCCCCUGCCCCUGUAUAAUCAUGUACACGUCCCUGUUCUAGCUCCAAGGUGAAUCUUCACUGCUCAUGUUCUCCUCAGAAGCAGUCACCUCACUCCCCUCAGGUUACUGUACACAUGCACCAACUGCCUGCUUCAGGUUUGGAUGGAGCUUCAUGGUUGUCUUUUGGAGAAAUGAGCAGUCAAGUUGUGUUUGAAAUUUGAUUUUUUUUCAGGGGCAAAAGGAAGCCUCUGCAUUCUUGUCAAAUAUGUAAAUAGCAUGUUUUUGCAGGUGCUAAAAACCAGACUCUGAGUGUGCGUGUGUGUGUGUGUCUGUGUGUGUGUGUGUGUGUGUGUGUGUGUGUGUGUGCGUUCAAGUCACAUGACAUAUUUAACCGGAUGUAGCUGCAAGACGGUGUGUGUGUGCGUGUGUGUGUGUGUCUGUGUGUGUGUGUGUGUGUGUGUGUGUGUGUGUGUGCGUUCAAGUCACAUGACAUAUUUAACCGGAUGUAGCUGCAAGACGGAGCCUCGUUGACUCUCCGUUUCAACUUAUCUCAAAAGUGAGGACCUCAACCUAUAUACCAGUUUUUAAAUUGUGUUGAUAGGCCAAAUAAAACCAGAGUUAUGAUAAAUUAUGUCCGCGAUACUUUUUUUCUGCUUAUUUUGAUCACGUUCGGCGCUCGAUCGCGCUGUAUGAGACAGGAAAACAUAGCAUGCAGACAUUAGCGACAGGUCUUACAGGCGGAAAAGGCUUGCCAAAGGAAAAGAAAAAAACACACCACAACAUCUCUCCUAUUGGUGGAAAACUUCACCACAACAACCAAUCCAAAAUUAUAUGGUGACUGAUUGACAAGGGGCGGGCGCUUACGUUCUUCCUGCAAUAUGAGAAGGGAGGGAGGGACUCUCAGCAGGGAUGCAGUCUGGGACACGUAGUUGCAAACCUAGCGACUUUGUUGUUAGAUUCAAUGACUUUUCAGACCCCCUAACGACUUUUUUUUUAGAAAGAAAGUGACUUUUAUCGACUUCUGGAGUUUAGAGACUCUGACAUGAAGCAGGCUUUCCUUACUGAGGAGUUAGCAACGCUGCUAAGGGUGCAGAGCCACACAUGCGCUCCGAGCUCUGCAUGGGAGACUGAAGCUGACAGAGCUGCAGCAGUUAGCAGGUUUCACCCUCAGAGACCACCAGGGGUUCAUGUUGAGGCAUUUUCAGUUUUUUUUUUUUUUUGCCACAGACACUGUCAGCACAAUCUGCAGUUACACUAACAAAAAUGCUGCAAAAAACAAAGAAUUAUGGAAAAAUUACACAUGGACUAACAUAGAGGAGGAUCUACACAAGUUUUUUACAUCAUGUUUUACAUCAUGCAUCAUUUACAUCAUGUUUUUUUGUAGUGGCAUAAAUAAAAAGUGACAUUUGUGAGACUAUACAGUGUUUUGUAAAUAAUUUUACAAAGAACGCCUGGGCCAUUGCCUGCAUUUUGAUGUCAAUAGAGGUAAAUUACUAUGUUCUUUGUUAAAAAUUUGCAUAUGUUUUGAAGUUUACAAUUUUUAUUUGAAGUUUAAGUUUUAAAAACAGUUCAUCACACAUAUUUGUGGUUUUCACAGUAAAAACGUUACUUUUUUCCACUCGGAUUUUAUGUUUUGUGUGUGAAUUUGGGUCCAAUGUGUAAAUAUAGUAUGUCAAAAUGAUAAAAUAACUGUAAAUUGACACAGGUGAGGUUGUGCUGAAAAAAAUGAUACCAGGCAAGGCAAGGUAAAAAUUUUGUAAGAGGAAAUAUAAAGGUAAAAUCUAAAGUAGUCAAAAACGGCCAAUAGUGACUCACAGACUCCACAGACAAGUCCCUUUGGCGCCACUCAGUGGGCAAAACUACUUUGUCUACUGUAAUGUAUAUUUGGGUCAUCUUUGGCGCCCCCUAAAACGUAAACCGUGGGGUGCAGCGUCAUGAUUUUUACAACUUUGAAUGGCCAUGGAGUGUAGAUUGGCCUGAGCAAAUUUGGUGUCAGUGGGACGAAAGCCUUAGGAGGAGUUAGCGAAAUUCCAAUGUGUGCGAAUCGGCAAAAAAUGCAAAAUAGCCCUUUUACCGUACAUUAUACAGAUACGCGCUCUUUGACUUUUUCGUAGAUCUAAUUGAGAUACACAUGAUUGUCAAUUUUUGUGUCAUUUUGCCAAAGCGUACAGGCGUGACAGUCAACAAUGUGUAUUUUCACCUUAGGGGACAAGAAAAAAUGGACUUUUUUCUCCUGCCAUGGGGGGCGCUCUUUUAGGGAUCAAAAAUUCCUUCACAAAUGUGUUGAUGGCUGGACAUUGCAUCAUCCUAGAAAACUUGGAGGCCAGUGAGGACAAAAAUAAAAAGUUAUAAGACUUUUAAAAAUGUGGAUUUUUGGGUUAUCUUUGGCGCCCCCUAGAACGUAAACCGUGGGAUGCAGCGUCAUGAUUUGAAUAACUUUUAAUGGCCAUGGGGUGUAAUUUGGCCUGAGCAAAUGUGGUGCCGGUGGAACGAAAGCCUUCGGAGGAGUUAGCGAAAUUCCAAUGUGUGCGAAUCGGCAAAAAAUGCGGAAUAACCCUUUAACCGUACAUUAGACAGAUACGCGCGCAUUGACUUUUUUGUAGAUCUUAUUGAGAUACAUGUGUGUGUCAAUUUUUGUGUCAUUUUGACAAAGCGUACAGGCGUGACACUCAACAAUGUGUAUUUUCACCUUAGGGGACAAGAAAAAAUGGACUUUUUUCUCCUGCCAUGGGGGGCGCUCUUUUGGGGAGUAAAAAUUCCUUCACAAAUGUGUUGAUGGCUGGACAUUGCAUCAUCCUAGAAAACUUGGAGGCCAGUGAGGGCAAAAAUAAAAAGUUAUAAGACUUUUAAAAAUGUGGAUUUUAGGGUUAUCUUUGGCGCCCCCUAGAACCUAAACCGUGGGGUGCAGCGUCAUGAUUUGAAUAACUUUUAAUGGCCAUGGGGUGUAGAUUGGCCUGAGCAAAUGUGGUGCCGGUGGAACGAAAGCCUUCGGAGGAGUUAGCGAAAUUCCAAUGUGUGCGGAUCGGCAAAAAAUGCAAAAUAACCCUUUAACCGUACAUUUGACAGAUACGCCCGCACUGACUUUUUUGUAGAUCUUAUUGAGAUACAUGUGUGUGUCAAUUUUUGUGUCAUUUUGACAAAGCGUACAGGCGUGACAGUCAAUAGUGUGAAUUUUCACCUUAGGGGGCGCUAUGGAGCCAUUUUGCAUUUUCUUGUUUGGGCGACUUCGGAAUAUCAAAUUUUUCACCAGGCCCGGUCGUCCUGCCAAAUUUCCUGAGUUUUCGCCAGUGGGAAGUGGGCCAUUUUCCAGUUCAAAGGGGAGGAAAAAGAAAAAAGAAACAAAGAAAAACCACUUGGGGAAUAAUAGGGCUCUCGCAGCUGCUUAGCAUCUACGCUCGGGCCCUAAAAAUUCUGGAGUAAGGACAGACAUUGUUUUCUCCACUAGUGGCUCCAGGGAAACAGAUCCCAGAUGUAUUAUCAGUCAUGGGACAUUUUUACAUUUCAAGUUUAAACAGCUGUGUACCUGUGACUCACCUGGCCACCUUUCUUGACUGAAAUCUCACAUUAUCUUUGAUCUAUAGCUUUACAAACAAUUCAUGAAAUAAACUGCCUCAGGCAUAUGAAGUGACAUUUUCUGCUGAAAAAGUAAUGAAAAGUUUUACCAACUUCAGAUGGAGUCUAUCAGAGUGAAACAUCUAUAAGAAUACUCAAAAACAGGCAGACAUUGGGGCUUAGCUAGAGAUAAAAAAUCAAUAUCAGAGUCAAGUGAAAAACUCUGGAGGUGAAACAGCCAUAUCAAGAAAAAAGCUUUGAGGGUAACUUUUGUAAAUUUUCCAUUCUCUGUAAAUGUGUCUCUCUACCUCUCUUUUCUCUCUCUCCCUCCCUCUUUGUAUCUGACAUUAAAACAACAUCUCACUCCUCUGUUUCCAAGCUGCCAAUUAGCUGUCUGAAGGUACUCCUCCUCCUCCUCCACUACCUCCUCUUCCUCCACCCUCUGUAGCUCCUUUUCACCCACUCCUUUCCUGCUUUCAUCGAAAGUUUUGAAGUCCACAGACAGUGUUCACUAUUUUAGCAUCCGAACUGUUUUUCAGUUCGUAAAUGUAGACCAUUAAAGAAACAUAGUUUGACUGAAGUGUUGAGAAGUGAGAGGGGGAGCUGGGGUGUGUUGUAACAGGUAGAAAAUGGAGUCUUUAAAGAAUGUAAAAAAACAGUAAAGUUGUUUCCUGACAUCACCUGUUGUAGCCCUCUGAUGGUCCUAUGUUGGAAGCGGAGCUCUGCUAACUUUCUUUUAACCCCAGGAAAGGACACAGAGGUGAAGUUGAGGCUAGUUGACUCAGCUGUACCCCUCAUUAUCCAAAUUCAUAUGUAACUGAUCCUGUCUCUCUUUUUUACGGAUGUGCUUUAACAAAAUCUUAGAAAAUAUAGCUUAAUACUUUGUGCCUUUGAAGUGUUUUAAAGCAGACUGCAAAAAUAGUGAAUUGGGCUCUAGAGUCAUGCACUUCAACAUGGGACCUGGUGUGGAUGCUGUGGCUUUCACAGCCAGCCUCAGGGUGACACUUGAGGGAUGGGAUUUUUUCUGCUCAUUGGCCUUUGCUACAACUUUCAGCACAGUCUACAGCUGACUUUGAAUCUGGGUUUUCAGAGUGCUACACAGAACAGGGUACAUGUCCAUUACACAUCAAUCAUUAAUGACCAAUCGAGUUAUCUGACUUGACUUGUGCCAACCACAUAUCACUUGAAUAGGAUUAUUGACAUUAUUGCAUGCUGUACUGUAAGCCAUGGAGAGAAGAGCAUUUGUAAAAGAUGUUACAGCUUUUUAAGGCUAAUCGACAUCAGACAGACCUGCAUAGCAGAGAUUAUUGCAGCAAUGAAGGCGUACCAGGUUUAUCACAGCUGAUAGGUUUACCCGAGAAAGGAGGAAGGAAGGAUCCAAACUCUGCUCUUACACGAUAGAAUGACAUUGCAGAUAGAUUGAGCGAGAGCCCACAGCCUCUGUUCAUUGGAGGAGUCUGUGGAUCUUCAAAAAUCUCCAGUAUUAAUUUAUUUUAUGUUUUUGGAUUCAACCUUUCCUGGACUUGGAUCAUUGGGACUCUUAAUGUUGCAGCAGGGAGAGAGGGGGUCAGUCUUUCCGACUUUCAACACAUCACAGUUAACUUCAGUUUUGAACAGAAUAAAAUACAUCAUAUGUGAGCGAAAUAAAUGUCUUUGUGGCAGUUUAACACGCCCACCUCCUGCUAGUGCAAGGUUGAAUUUAAGCUCCUGUGUGGAACUUUACAGUUUAUGCUGUUUCUGGUAUGGGAAGGUUUCCAUGGCAAGCCUAUAUGCUGACAGCUAGGAGGAGUGACAAAGAGUACAAAGCAGAGAAAAAGUCAACACUACAUGAAAGAUCUCAUCGCUCUGUCUGCACACCUGCUGACAGUAAAUGUGUAAAAGUCUGGAUGAAGAAUUCAUUUCCAUUUGUGUUCACUCCUGCAGUUUCAGUGCAGUGACUGAUGAGGGUUCUGGUUACUUCAACACAGAACCAGUUACAAGAGUGAACUGGACAACAUGAGAGGAAGCCUAACCAUCUGAGCUUGACUUUUAGAGCAGUGCCCUUCAAGCAGUUCAAGACUCAAGGGGGUCAUAUAUUUUAUAAGAGGCUUGCACUUAAAAAUCUCUGCAGAACAGUCUGAUCCCAUUAAACACUAAAUUAGAAAUCUUUCAGCAGAGAUAGUAUCAAAUCAAAUCAGUCAGGUUCAUUCACUUUCUGACACGCAUAUCUCAUAUCCAGAGGAACAUCAUUAUUCAUGAUUUAGUCCAUUACAGCGCUUAAAUGAGCACUGAAGACGUUCUCUCUUCAUUUAUUCUUUCUGCUCAAUGAAACCAUUGCUUGUAAGAUGACAGAGUGAUUCACAUUUCCCCAAAUUAAAUUCCUUUAACUUCACUUUACUGCCGAGGGCAAAGCUCAUGGUCAGUUUCUUAAAUCAGAGCGUCAUGUCUGAAGAUGGCAAACCUGAAAAGACCACCUUAAAGUGUGUGUAUGAAUAUGCUCCUUUAGGAGGGGCACAGUGUGGGAUCAGUAAAAAAAAAAAAACACCUCUGCACAUAAGCAACAUGAUAAAAAUUAUUACAACAAAAAAUUCUUGAAAACUUGCACAUGAGGGAGGGGGGCAGACUUGUUAUAAAACAGGCUGAAAAUAACAGUGAAAAUAACAUGGUGCAUCUUUUAUCAGAGAACACUUACACACGUGCAGGAUGAGUACAAAUGUAGGAACUUCACCUUAUGUCCACAGAGGGAGCCAAAAUUGGCACUAUGAGAAAGUGCCUCGUAUGAACUUAAAGAUAGGACCGUAGAUAGAGCUUGACACUAUGUGGGUAAUGACCAUGCGUCAUCAUCCAGUCUUGAGAAAUGAAGCUGAUGUGAAAGUGCCAAUUACUGGACUUGUUGAGCACCCACUUGAGGCUGGUUACCAAAGCCGUGGAAACUUUAUAUAUGCUAAUUCAAAAAAAGUUCAUAUUUAGAACAAAAAUGAAAAAAGUUUAAAUCCUGGUUCAAUAAACAGUUAUGGUCUGGUUGCUCUGAAAAGAUCCUCUCUAUGGGCAGUGAACUCUUUUUUUGGUAAUGGGUUUGUUUUAAAGAUAUAAAGGUUACAAGAUUGGUGAAUCAGAGACAUGACUGACUCCAGCCACAGACAGAUACUCUGUAGAUGUUUACACUGAGGCUACAGGCUGACCUGUCAUAGGUCGACUGAAAGUUAGGUUGAGUCAGCAUUGCCAGUGUUGUGACUGACGCUAAUAGACUUCAGAGACCCACCUUGGAAACAAAUGAGUGAUGACACGAGACUUGUCCAUGUUUUCUACAGUUUAUAAUCCAGUCUUACAGUUCAGCCGCUCUGGUCCAAAAAAAAGGCCUCAUGGUGCUCAUGUUGUUUGGGGUCCUAAACAGUGAUGCAGGCUGAUAAAGUAGUGACCGCUGUGGUGGCUGAAAAAACAGCUUUUGAGGAGCUUCUUUCCUUCAUUUCUCUCAUUCAUAUAAAUCACACCCAAAACAGCUUUUCUUCCUCCACUCAUCAUUUUUCCUUAGUCUUUUUUGUUUUCAGUGAUGCUGCUCUGAGCUGGGCUGUUUAGUUUGAUUUUAAACAAAGAAAACCGUUUUUGAUUUAAUUUGCAUCAUUUGCUGCUUUUUCCUAACAUUACUCAGCAUUUUGUCUGUCUAGACUGGUGUGAAACACCUGUGUCUCCUUCCUGUAUGGAUCACUUUAUGUCUUGUGUGUGUGUGUGUGUGUGUGUGUGUGUGUGUUAGGUUAUUGACCCCGUGGCUCCCCGGUACACAGCCCUGUCCAGCUCCUACGUGGUUCCUGUUUCAGUGGCAGAAGCUACAGAGGAGAUGAAGGAAGUGGCUAAACACCCAAAGGUAGGAGUGUUGUGUCUCUUCUGUCUUCUCUCUAUUUUUAACCUUUGUGAUGAUUUCUGUUGUUCAAAAGAACCUUUUUUUAAAUCACAGCUAUGAUUCAACCACUGAAAAUGAUCUCUCUUUCUUUUUUAGAACACAGAGGUGGGCAUGAAGGAGGUCUGGUAUGGACCUCGUGUUCUGGUUGAGGGAGCAGAUGCUGAGACGUUUUCAGAGGGAGAGAUGGUCACCUUCAUCAACUGGGGAAACCUUAUUAUCACCAAAAUCAACAAGUAUGCACAGUGACCACCCAAGUCAUCAUGACAGUUUAUGAUCAAAUGCUAAGGUGGCAAAAUUACCGACAUUCACUCCAGUCAUAGUUAGGGGUUAGAGUUCAAUGACUUGGUGUUUAUUUCUUGGUGCAACAGUUUAUCCACUGCUGUAAAUCAGUUCAGUUCAGAGCUUUUGUCCAUCAAAGGAAAUUUGAGCAGCAGUUGAUUGUAUGAAAUGGUUAGAAACACACCAUCAAAAGUAACAAGGGGCCCUGAAGAAGGAAAUGUCUUAACCCAGAUAGCAAAAUAGGGUUGAAUCAACGUUGAAAGAUAGUUAGGCAGAAUGAAUUAAUCUACGUUGAAACCUAACGUUGAAACUGUACAGAAAGUGCAAAGGAAUUCCAUCUUGAUUCAACGUUGGGUUUUCAACCACUAACUGACACUAUAUCAACAUUGAUUCAACCAUCAUCUAAAUGGUAAUCUGCCUGCACAUUUUAGUUGAUUUUAUAUUGAAUCAACAUCAGGAAUCAACACUGAUUCAACCAUCAUCUAAAUGGAAACCUACAUGUAUAUAAAUUGAUUUAUUGAAUCAUGUUAGAAUUCAAUAUUGAUCCUGAUCAUCCAACAAUCUAAUGGUAAUCUGCAUGUACAUGUUAAAUUAUGCGUAUGCUGAUAUACUUUAGGACUACAUCUUAAUAGCUUGUUCAAAAUUACCUUUUCCUAAAAUGUGAAAAUAAAUAUUAAAAAUGAAUUAAAAAAUAAAGACAGACAACAUGAUUUUAAACUUAAAAUUUAUUGAACAUCAAGGCAAUGACAAUUGCCGAUAACAUAGCCUAAAGAAAAAGUCCAGCGUAGUCCAGAGUAGUAGAAAAUCCAGAGUAGUAGAAAUAUAGGAAAUUAGUAGAAAAUGUCAUUUGCCACAUGCAUCGGGACUUCUUGGGACAGCUCCCUGCUGCUCCGGAACAUUUCUUGGGAUGCCUCCCUGUCGGCUUGGUGCAAAAUGCAGCCAAGACUUGACCGUAACCUCGCAGUGCUUCUGGCUCAUUUUGUGAUCAAACUGUCGAGCAGCAGCUGAAAGACAAAAUAACAAGAAUACUGUUCAUGACCAUAACAUCAAACAAGUCUCCUCCUAUAAGUACCUGGGAGUGCUGAUCAAUAAGGAUUUCAACUGGCACACACAUGUUACAACUAUGUGUUCAACGAUACAUCAGUGUCUAUUCCCAAAGACUACAAACAUGUCCGUUUGGCGCCAUUCUCCGCUACACUGUAAAAGCUUCAAAUCCGCUGUGGUCACAAAAUUUAAAUGUCCAGAUUUCAUACCAACACAGAUUAAAAUGACAUUAACGGUAACGUUUGCACUAAAACAGACACCCGACCACCUUUUGUGAACAUUCGAGUCUAAACUUUGAUCGAGAAUUGAAGGUAAAAACCGCCGUCAAGAUUCAGUGCAUUUUUUUCAAAAACACCAAUAUGAUCACAUUUGAUUGGCUGACCUGGUGACGCCAUUCAGUUACAAUGAACACAAUUGGUCGAUUCAUGGUCUUGGUGCGAACAGACUGGUUCCCGUAAGGAAAACAUUUCGAACAUAAAGAAAUAUUAAUUAAUAUUUCUUUAUGUUCGAAAUGUUUUUAAAUAAUGUAUUGGUUAUAGGUCUGAGAACAGACCCAGAACAGUUACCCGUGUACAGUACACUAACAAAAGGACCGCAACGUCCGUCUAAUCUACAUAUAUAUUUAGCUUGAUAAGUCAACGUACAUAUUACAGUAAACGUAUACAAACACAGGACAUCAUAGCCUGGCUGGGCCAUCCUGUUGCGUGAAUCACUUGCCGUUCCUUCACACAACAGUCUGGACUUCGGCCAAUUGGUAGCGUGUAUUCCCGAUAACCAGAAAAUAACCGGGCCAAUCAGUGACUGUGUUUCCACUGUUCCCCCGACAACAGGGAAAGGCAGCCCCUGAUUGGUCCAUGUGUAGACAGUGACGUCUAACACAUGCUGUUCUAACAAAGCGUCAUUCAUUCAGAACGCCAUUAAUUCUGCAGUUGACUUUGGAGAGUCGGCAGAAAUCGUUUAUAUCCGACGUCUUCUGCGGAUAUAAACGAUUUCUGCCGACUUUGCAAAGUCAACUGCUGAAUUAAUGGCGUUCUGAAUGAACACAGUCUCUGAUUGGCCUGGUCAUUUUCUGAUCGGGAAUACACGCUCCCAAUGGGCCGAAGUACCGACUGUUGCGAGAAGGAACGGCAAGUGAUUCACUCAACAGGAUGACCCAGCCAGGCUAAGGACAUCAAGCAUAAGCACAAAACAAAGCUUGUUUGCUUCACUGAAAACAGUUAAGAUAAAAGAAACAUGUCAAACUUACUGUGCAAGACAGGCAGAGAAGGUCGGAGGAGUGAUCAAUGCAGUCGGUCCGGUGUUAUGCCGUAGAAUGCACCCCCUGCCUCCAAUCCACUCAUUCGCUUCUUAAACUGGAAGAAAAUGAUCUCAUAUUUUUUUAAAAAUGUGACACACUUUCGUCACACUUUGAGAUGUUUCAAACAUGAAUUGCAAUAUAAAUAAAAUGUAAAUUAUUAUUGUUAUUGUAAUUAUUAUUAUUAUUAUUGGGAUUGUCCUGCUGACAAUGAUUUGAAUCAAUGUUGGCAUUUCAAUCAUUAAGUAGGAGAAGAAAAAAAAGCAAAGAAAAAGGCAAACAACAUGGAUAAAACAUUGAAUCAAUGUUGUCAUUUCAAUCAUUAAAUGGGAGGAAGGGGGGUGUGAAUUGAAUCUCUAUAUUUUCUAUCAGCAAAGCAAACACAAACUGGUUUAUUGAGAAGGUAUCUCCUUUUCUAACAACAAACAGACCCUGAAAAGCACAAGUUUGUCAAAGACACAAACAUCUAGCUUUAUCAAACUAUGAUGUCGAGCUUUGUCUUAUCUAUGCAUGACUGUUCUUUUGGGUUCGAAAGGAUUGUUGAUGGAAAACAAGGAGCAAAGAAGCACAUUUUUCAAAGUGGAUUAUCCUAUCUGGAGUAGAAAUGAGGUAGAUGAUUGUUUUAGAGGGUAAAAGUUUUCAGAAUAAUAUAGAUUAGAGGUGAUAUUUGAAAACUUCCUGUAGGAAAUAAUCCAAAUAUUGACAAUCAAUGACCAACCUCCUCAGACAAUGUGGUGUAAAGUAACCGUGUACUGCUCCAGUUCUCUACAUUCCCAUAUUUUCUCUUUGCUCAGAGGGUCUGAUGGGAAGGUUGUGUCCAUGGAGGCUCGCCUGAACCUGGAAAACAAAGACUUCAAGAAGACCACGAAGAUCACAUGGCUGGCUGAGACUAACAGCGCCCCCUUGUUGCCCACCAUCUGCAUCAACUACCAGCCACUCAUCUCCAAACCCGUCAUCACCAAAGACGACGACUUUAAAGAGUACAUUAACAAAAACAGCAAGGUCAGCUCUGCCACAUGUCAUUUCUCAUGAGAAUCCCGUGUCAGAGGUGAUGUGCUCCAGUUUUCUUUUGUUAACUGUCUUAUUGUCUCUCUCUUAGCUGGAGGAGAAGAUGCUCGGAGAUCCCUGUCUGAAGAGUCUGAAGAAAGGAGACAUCAUCCAGCUCCAGAGACGAGGCUUCUACAUCUGUGACCAGCCCUACGAGCCAGUCAGGUGAGAGGAAAGACUGAUUGUUUGACUGUGAAUGUCGUGUCACAGUUCUCUGCAGAUCAACCAUAGACUGUAUUAGAGAAGCAGACAUAGCCUCUCUGUUUCCGAUGUAAAGACAGAGCAGGAAUGCCAUGAUUAAGAUUCUGUCUAAUGACUCACAGAAGAUUUUUCAUAUCAGUCACUCUCAGAAGGAUUUAAAGAUGAGAUUGAAUGUGGAGCUAAUUUACAAACUCCAUCAUCUGGUUCUUCUACCUUACAAAUCCGGCUAUCCCUCCCAACAUUUCCACAUGGCAGACCAGUCACUGAUUUUCCUCCCGUGGGCAGUGCCAGUGACAUGUUGGUCUCUUAAACCAUGUCUUUGAAAAUCCAAACCCCUGUGGGUUUGCAGUGUUGUGUAGAUAUCAGGAAGUAUUGUUUCAUGUUUAUCAACUGGGCAGAGGUCCGUAUGAAGUUAUCAUUUCAUGGUCAUAACAGUUUUAGACACAUCUGACAUUUGAUCUCUGGUCUCAGCUCUUCUUUAGCUGAGGAUGGUGUUCAUUUUUACUGACCAACUGUAGUUGAAUUUUUUCUUCCGAAGCCAUAGAGGUGUAGAACUUAAUAACCAUCCUUUCAUACAGAUAUGGUCUUUUUAAAGGGCUAAUAUGCUGAUUUAAUAACAGUAAUGUGCCUUUGGGUUGGCUCAGUCGCUUCUGAUAUACUGCCUGUGUAUAAAGAUGUCAUCUAUCACACUGUCUGACUUUGUUCAUGCCCACAGUCCUAACAGCUGUAAGGAGAGUCCGUGUGUCCUGCUCUACAUCCCUGAUGGACACGUCAAAGAGAUGCCAACUGCAGGAUCCAAGGACAAGAGCAGGAGCCAGGCCUCCAAUAACACGGUGAGUGGUUCUCAGGAAAACCAUCUGAAUGUUUUCAGGCCUCUGUCUUAGUCACAGCUAAAGAAGGGUACAGACAGGUCCGUCCUGUAGUUGUAAAUACUCAAAGUGAAAGAAAAAGUAAAAGUAGUUGAGAUACUGAUCUCUCUAUGCUCUGGCCUAUAGUGCAAAGGUUUGCUAAAUGAAACAGUCGUAGCAUAGGCAGACUUUAAGCUGCACCAUUUAUCAUUAACAUUUAUAAGAAGAGACAGCGUUUCAGGGAAGAGUCAUGAUGAGCCUUCAGGUCUCUCUUCUGGGCUGAUACUUGGUGCUAAUUUCCUUCUCUUCAUUGUGUCUGAUCUCCUCUCGUCUUAGUCUGCUGCUCCCUCAAAGGCUGCCCCGUCCUCCACCCCAGUGCCUGCCUCCACAUCAGCCUCAGCAGGAGACUUAUUCUCUAGCAUUGCAGCACAAGGUGAAGCUGUGCGCCAGCUGAAGGCCGCCAAGGCUCCCAAAGAAGAGGUGGACAAAGCAGUUCAGCAGCUGCUUUCUCUGAAGGUACGUCCCCUUUCAUUUAUGGCUGCUCCCGACUCACAGCCCCUGAACAGGAUCAAGUUUGAGUUUCCGUACAAAGGUUUGUCUUUUUCUUUUCUUUCGGUUCAUUGAAAUCACAAACAUUUAUGCACAUCAAUUAGCCAGAGACCUCAAUAUCUUUCUAAAUGUUUCCCAUCAUACUUAAAUACUCAUUUACUUAAAAUUACUGUAGUGACCCAAAUGUAAUGUUUUUACCCCUGAAGUAUAUCCAAAAAAACGGCUUUUCUUAUGUUCAGAGACCAAACUUUUAAAUGUCGGUAUGUGUUCAUAACAGAGAAAGGAUAUAUCUGUUAAGAGUGUGUGGCCUGUGACUAAGGCCUGAUGUGACUGAAAAGUAGAGUGUCAUAGGGGAUAAUAGACAGAGGGACACACUGAUGGUCAGGACUAUUAGAGUCAAAAGUAGGCCAGCAUCAGAGGCUUAUUUUAAGCUGAAGGGUGUCAAUGUUCAAGAGACAUGAAACAACUUUCCCUGAGCUGAAAUAUGGUGUCAGGGAGUGUCAUGAUCAAAGAUGGCAUACUGUUUAAAAUCUAAACCCCUAAAACCCUAAAAAGAACUUCUCAUUAGAAAGGUCCUGUUUAUGGAUUGUUUUCUGUUUUGAACUUAACUGCGUAAAAUUUCAUUGGAACAAGGAAUUUAAGUCGACCUGAUCCAACAUGAUCAAGCUCAGCUCACGGUUCCCAAGGUCCAGAAAACAACAGAUUCUUUUAUUUUGAAAUGGUCAUUACUGGUAAGAGUUUAUCCCAGACUGAAUCACUGGGCCUGUCAUUUAAGACAGGAAGAAUGUUUUUGGCUUACCUUUAAAAAAGAUGAACACUAGUGACGUGCUGGUGACGACUCAGUUUAUAGCUUUUCUUUCUGAAGUCCUGCACUCAGUAAUGCUUAUCAGAGGAACACUGAUUUACCGAUUUCUAUCAAUGUGCAUGUUUGCUUUGAAGAGAGAAAGCCUCAGAGGAUAAUUAACUCCUGUUACAAAAACAAAUUAACUUUAAAAGCCCACUUAGAGUCUUGGUGUGUUCAGUUUAUAGUCUGUUAUUGCUCCUCUGUCCCUUUGUGCCUUUGUCACUCUGGGCUUAUGAUUCAUAGAUGCGUUUUCUGGAGGCCAUCUUUAAUUAAAUAAAGAAUAUAAUUAAUAUGAACGUCAAUCUCUGUUUUCCCCUUUUCUUUUUCUGCAGGCUCAGUUUAAGCAGGAGACCGGGGUUGACUACAAGCCUGGCAUGGCUCCUCCCACCUCAGCUCCAGCCCCACCCACCACAGCGUCAGACCCUGCUGCCUGUCCAUACACCCGUGUUUCCCAGCAGGGAGAGCUGGUCAGGAAACUAAAAACAGAGCAAGCACCUAAGGUACCUGAGAAUUUAUCCAUUUAAACCACAUUCAUCCAUAUUAACCAUGUUUAUUCAUAUUAACCCCACUCUUGUGUCUGUUCAAUCAUCACUCUUCUCCCACACCAUAUAUCUCUUCACCAAACUCACACCAACCUAUCAUUUCUAGUAUCCUCAUUCGUGUCUUUUUUUAACAUCCAAACUAGUGUAUCUGGUCUUGUGUUGCUCAAUUUUCAAAGUAAUUUUGUCCAGUCAUCACUCGUGUGUAUGUUAUUUGCAUGCGAAGUUCAGUUUAAACUGUCCUGCAACAUAAAGCUGGUUUAUUCACGAUACCAGGACCAGAUUGACAUAGCAGUGAAGCAGCUACUGGCUUUAAAGGCGGAGUUUAAGAAGCUGACUGGUCAGGAUUACAAACCAGGGAUGGCCCCCUCCAAUCCUGCCUCCUCUGCUCCUUCUCCUGCAACCAACUCCUCCUCUUCUUCCUCCUCCUCUUCUGCUUCUUCCUCUUCUGCUUCUCCGGGCUUGUAUGAGCGCGUUGCGCAGCAGGGAGAAGUUGUGAGGAAACUGAAGUCUGAGAAAGCCCCCAAGGUAUUCAGAUAGAAAUGAGUAAUGAGAAAAAGAGUUCAAGGAUUCACUCAUGUUUUCAUAAGGCAUGUAUAUCCUGAUUAGUUAAAUUAAAGUCUACAGUUUUAUUAAUGCCUGCAUUGUGUUUGAAAAGAGCGCCACUGAAAAGUCUGAAGUCCCUUAAACACUUUUGAUUUACUUCUCACUCUUAUUGAAAUGAGCUUGAAGUUUUCUGCUGAUGCUGACGUAGUUACUGUUAAUGACCAUGAGAUUUUUUCUGUCUGCGUACCUCUCUCUGGUGCUAAGCAGUAGGAAAAGACAUCAUGUUCUUUUGUGAACGAAUUCUAUUAACCAGAAAUACACUGUCCAAGAUUCCCCUAUGAACUUUUGUUUGUGUAAGUCUAUGUCUAAGCGAGUGCUGAGAACAGAGUUUACUGAAAGAGCCACACCUCUGCACAGAAACAAUUUUAGUCUCCAAGCAAGACCGCAUUUCAAACUUGUAUUGGGAGCAACUUAUAUUCUUGGCUUAGUGGUAGAUCAGACAUUAAGAGGCAUUUACCUACAAAGAGGUUUUCACAGUAACUUUUUGAUUCGUCCUCCCCCUCCUGUGUCAUUUUUCAGUAGUUUGAGAAUCAUUUUAAGUCUGACAACUGAUCUGCUUCAGCCUUUAUAGUCUAUAUUUUACACAAAGUUAUGCUUGUUGUCUUUUAUUCUGAAAUUAUAUGCAGAAGAUGUGUCUCAGUCAGACACAUAAGAAAAGGAACCCUUAAAAAGGGUUUGUGGGGGUGAAUUAACAACAAUGAUGCCAAAAGAAAAGUGAGACAGCCAAAUUAAAGUGUAACAACUCACCUUUAAAAAAAUGCUUGCUUAGCAUAGCAGGAUUGCAGCAUAGCAGCAAUGUCUUGGACUUGUAAGUAAAUGAACAUCAUAUCUUUGUUUCCUCUGUUCCAGGACCAGGUUGACGCUGCAGUGAAACAGCUGCUUGCUUUUAAGGCAGAGUACAAACAGAUCACAGGUCAGGAGUACAAGCCUGGAGCUGCCCCUGCUCAGAAAGGCCCCAGUCCUGCUUCUGCCUCUGCUCCUGCUCCUGCCUCUGGGGGCCUCUAUGAGAAGGUGACUGGACAGGGAGAAGUGGUGAGGAAACUCAAGGCUGAAAAAGCCCCCAAGGUGAGACCGCAUACUUGAUUCAAAGAUAGUUCAACUGUCCAGACUCCAGUCCAGUUUAAAGCUCCUGUGAGUGUUUUUUGAUGUUUGUGAGAGAGACUAAAAUUCAUACUGAUACUAAUGCUUGUUUUAUGCAAAAUCAAACAAGACCAUCAGCAAUAUGAUAAAGGUCAUAGUAUAAUUUUGAAUGCCUGUAAACUGGUGCAAGGGGGUAGGUGUCAGCUAAGCAACUGAAGAAACAGUCCUGUUUUUACAAUCUCCACCUUCAAUACUCACAAUCAAUGAAACAUUGAACCAGGUCAGCAGGAUGUGAGACUGUGAAAGCAUGUUAAGAACAGAAGACCUUUAAACAUCAACAAACGUGUGCAACAACACUACAUACUAUAUUGUUGAGCCACUCUGAAUCACUGCACAGCAGCUCUGGCCAACAAUGAGGUCUUGAGUAUUUAUGGGGGAUGUUUGGGUCAUCCUGAAACUUUUAGUGCUGCUGCUGUGAUUUCAAGUUUCUCUGCUUUGCUGGUGCUCACCAGGAUCAGGUGGAUGCUGCAGUGAAGCAGCUGUUGGCUCUCAAAGCAGAGUACAAACAGCAGACUGGACUGGAUUACAAACCAGGAUCACAAGCCCCAACAAGCCCUGCUCAGACCCAGUCCAGCUCUCCACCAGCCCAGUCUAACUCAUACCCACAGGCCCAGGAGCUGUUCUCCCAGGUGGCCCAACAGGGGGAACUAGUGAGGAAGUUAAAGUCUGAGAAAGCCCCGAAGGUAAGAAACCAACCACGAUGAGGAAUUAAACACAACUAACAAGGACAUCUGAUCAUCAGCUGAUCUCUCAUUUCAGGACCAGGUGGAUGAAGCCGUAAAAACCCUUCUGGCCCUGAAGAGCCAGUACAAGACGCUCACUGGAGAGGACUACAAACCAGUGGCUGCUGCUGGAGCCAGUGGAGCAGAGGACAAAAACCGUAAAGAGAGGGAGAACAAGUCUGAGAAACAGGGAGGAGGAGGCGGUGCAGGAGGAGGAAAGAAGGGGAAAGGAGACAAAGGCGGCAACCAGGGCAAGGAGGCGUCAGGAGGAGCAGGAGGCGGAGAGGGUCAGGGACCCAAGAAGCAAACACGGUGAGAGACUGGAGAGGAGAAAAAAAAUGUUUGAAAUGUUUUCCGUAGACCCCAUGAAGGCAAGUGUACCUGACUUUAAAUAAAAGAUCAGUGUUACCCCCAAAUCUCUGAAAAUCAUUGUUCAAAUAUCAAGAGGCUGGUUCUUGUUUUACUUUUUGCAUCUGAAGAGACUUCUCUACUUCGAUUUCUGUAAUGCAGUCUGUGAUCUUGUGUUCAGGUUGAACCUCACCUCAUGAUUUGCAGCUUUUUUUCUGUUUUCUAUCAUAUUCACCUGAUUUUCAUGUAAAGAUAGGCUCUGCAGACUCUCUUCAAAGGAAUCCAGAUGGAGAGAUGUGAGAGAAGAUCAUAAGGCAGAGAUGUCAGUGAAGCUGCAAAGAGCUGAGGCAGAGUCAAAACAUUUGAUGAAUUCCAGGAACAGUAUGCUACUUUUUACAGAUCGAGUUAGUCUGUCAUAGUAUUUUAAUUCAUAGCUUGUUUUUGGCCUUGUAAGUCUUCACAUUGGGAGGAAAGAGAAAGUGGAGACAAACACACAGUGAAAGGCUGCUUGCUUCGAGGACUACAGCCUUUGAUCAUGAGGUGCAGGAUUUAGCCUCUAAGCCAAACAUCCACCUCUCUCUGGUCAUGUUUAGAUACUUCUUCAAUAAGAUGCAAAAUUUCCUGUGGUGGUUAAAAUAGAGGAUGUUACAUUCAACAACUGGCAGUGGAUUGAAAGCUUCACUCAAACAAGACCUUAAGUUUUAGAUUUUUUUGUUAAUCAAAUAUUGGAGCAUUGCGGGGACUUGGAUUUGUUGCUUGGUCUCUGAAGAUGGAUCAUCUGUACACCCCAAUCCUCUGCCCCUGUUAGUCAAACAGCAGGAGAGUUUUGUUUUAGAGUUGGUGAGUCUGAAAGGGUUGAUGUGUUUUUCCAUCUGCUUGAUCAUUCUUUGUGGCCUUGCUGUCAGCUUUGAGGAUGACAUGUGGUCACUCUCUGAAAGUGCUGCAUCACUAAUGUAUGUUAAGAACUAUUUUGCAUGUUUCAGCAAAUACAGGAAAUUAGCAUGGGGUUGUACCCUUUACCUCGAGGUCCUGCUGAAGUUGACAAUAAGUCAAAGCAUUUGAUAAAAGAUGCAAAAAGUAAAACAAAAACUUCUCGAUUCCUCGUCAUUUCUGGAGGAUCAGAUUUUGAUCUCAAACCCAUUUGUUCUGCCAUCAUGGUGCAGCAGGAUGUCUCUGUUUUGUCAGUCAUCAGUAGGACACUGGUUUGCUGGCUGUCUUUGGAGAUGAGCUUUGAGUUGCAUGAUUGGCUCAGCUGAAAACUGCUGUGUGUGAGGAGUGAAAACUGUUUGGGUGAACUCUGCAGUGACUCUGUUUCUAAUCGGUAAAAUGUCAGUGUUCGUGCUCUCGUUUGCCAGAUCACACUGUUGUAUCUGUCUGUGUCUUUGGCCACCACUAGACUAUUGAACAUUUGAUUCAAGAAUUCUGUGAAUCGGAUGAACAGACAAACUUUGGCUACAAAAAAAGAACAAAUUUCACAAAAUAUUAAUUCUAAGAAAAAAAAAAGAAAACUACAAAAAAUUUUUGGGUGAACAUAAUCAGACUGACACUGCACGCUUUUGCACAAUAUGUGACAGGUGAUCUCAGGUGUGCAUCACAAUGACUUUGUUUUAUGUCUCCUGACAGAUUGGGCUUAGAGGCCAAGAAAGAGGAGAACCUGGCUGACUGGUACUCUCAGGUGAGUCCGAUGCAAACAAACAAUACCAUUCUCAACCUACAGAGAAGCUAUUUUAAAACACCCAACACUUCAGAAAUUUUCAUAAGACAAUAAUCAAAUGCUUCUCCUCUCCUACAGGUCAUCACUAAAGCAGAGAUGAUUGAGUAUUAUGAUGUCAGUGGCUGUUAUGUGCUGCGGCCCUGGUCCUACUCCAUCUGGGAAUCCAUCAAAGAGUUCUUUGACCGGGAGAUUAGGAAACUCGGUGUGGAAAACUGCUACUUCCCCAUGUUUGUGUCCCAGGCUGCUCUGGAGAAGGAAAAGUCUCACAUUGAGGACUUUGCUCCGGAGGUAAAAAGACCAUUUUUUCUCAGCGUAAUAAUAUUUAGAACCUCAAAGGGCGGAAAACUGAACUGCACCAUCCAGUAAAAUUGUGAAAUGCAUAAAAAAACUCGAUUGAUCUAACAGGACAGUAAACGUAGAAACACAUGACUGCAGGAUUAAAAAAAAAACAUGAAAUGAUAAUGAAGUCAUGACGUUAUUUGGUGAGUUUUAGGGUUGCACAUUUUCUGUAGUAAUAUCUAAAUUUGAAGUGCGAUAUCAGUUUUACAGCAACCAGUGCCAAUAAUUACAGAGCAGGUUGGCUAAUGGCUGAUAUCUAACGCCGCUAACAUAUUGUUGGUUUUUGCAUUUAAUAAAAUAUGACUAUUGAAUUACAACAAAUGAGAAAGGACUGUGCUGAGCUUAAAUUGAUCAUUUUUUGUUUACCCUGGAUUUGGCCCAGGAAAAUAUUACCAUCAGACUGGAUUUCUGUUCAGUUAGCAUUGAUCAUUAUUGAUAAUAUCAAAGUAAAAGCAAAGAGUUAAAAGCUGUCAUGAAUAAUUCAGUAAUGAUAUGAAAAAUACAGUCGAAUAUACAUGCUUAUGUUAGUCAGUGACAUGUUAAAUAUAGAUUUUUAAUAAACUCAUGAAAUGAAAGAUAAUUGUGGUUAUGCCUCAGAUUUCAGAGCAUGGCUAAUGUUUUUUUUCAGAGGCAAUAUUGAUCUGUAUUAUUGAUACAGUACAUUAACAGAAUUUAUAUUAGAAACUUUCCUGUAACUGUUUUUAGAUUUGAUCCUCUGUCAUUUAAGAUGGGAAACAAAUCUUUAUUCAAAUUACCCUCAUCAAUGUGAACAUCAGCCAUUUAUUUGAAAAUGCAAUAAUCAGCUGGAUUACUCAGAACAAUGAUAAACUGGUGAACCUCCUUUACAAAUGUAUUAUUCAAUCUUUUCCACAUGGGAAAAACCACACCUGCCAUCGUCACGUUUCAUGUUUCUUUUGGAGUGUAAAUUUAUGUAUACCAGUGUGCCCCCCUCGUCCAAAGGGGUAAAAAAUAUAAUGUGGUGAUGUCAUUUUGUCAGGUUGCCUGGGUGACGCGGUCAGGAAAGACUGAGCUGGCAGAGCCCAUUGCUGUGAGACCCACCAGUGAGACUGGUCUGUACCACAGGAAGUCUAGGCUUGAUGCAAACAUAUUGACAUGUCUUUGCUAUAUUAGCAUGAACGUGGCUGUUGUGGUGGUUUCCUGUGACCUUGUGGCCUGUGUUGUUUUCCUUCAGUGAUGUACCCUGCUUACGCUAAGUGGGUCCAGUCCCACAGAGACCUGCCAAUCAAACUGAACCAGUGGUGUAAUGUUGUGGUCAGUAUCUUCUCAUAUGUGCUCUCCAUCCACAAACAGCUCCACCUUGCUGUUAUGAACUUGUUGAUGAAAACUUGUAGGCAGUGGACAGCUGUCCUCAUAUCAUUUCUUCUCCCCUCUCCCUCUCCCACAUUUUCUUCCAGAGAUGGGAGUUCAAACAUCCACAGCCUUUCCUCAGGACCAGGGAGUUUUUGUGGCAGGAGGGACAUACAGCCUUUGCCACCAAAGAGGAGGCAGCAGAGGAGGUAACAGACGUGGAAAUGCUGCUUCUUUACUACCACACAGUCACUCUUUUAUAAAAUAUAUUUUAUUGUGCUGUUCUAAAGAAACAAACAAUAUACUUUAAAGCAGUUAUGUUACUUUAAAAUUAGUGUUUCUUGUUCUGAAUGUGAAAAAAAACAGUAAGUCACUGUGUGUUUAAUAGGUGCUUCAAAUCCUGGAUCUAUACGCCAGAGUGUAUGAGGAGCUGAUGGCUAUCCCUGUAGUGAAGGGGAGGAAGACGGAGAAGGAGAAGUUUGCAGGAGGAGAUUACACCACCACUGUGGAGGCUUUCAUCUCUGCCAGCGGCCGAGCCAUUCAGGUACUGUAGCUCACCAAAUUGGCCUGUUGUCUACACUCUGUUUUCCAAAUAUACAGAGUGCUGGUGCAAAAAAAGUCCCUGAAUUAUUACCAACAUUUGACUGUAAAUGAAAGGCUAAAUGAGUAUUAUUGUCCUAAAGAUUUAAACAAAGUAUGCCCUCUUUACCGUAGUUCAACAGAAGUGUGGGCUCUCUGUAUCUGCUGAGACUGUAUCCUCUAUCUCCACUUAAUCUGUAUCUUCUUCUUAUGGACACUGUCUUGAUGUCAAUCAUUGUGCAGUGGUUUGAAGUCUUUUCAGCUGACAGCCUGCAGGAAGGGACUAAAGGAAAAUUUGUAGCAGCCACGUGGCAGCUUUAUUCAAUUUGAUUUGGUUCAUUUGGAUCUUUAUUGUCUCGAACACAUCCAAAAAAUGUUGAUAGGAAAGAAGAUACUAAAUUGUCUUCAUAGCUAAUACAUCCAAUAUUUGAUACAAGAUAAAAACACAAUGUUGAUCUGUUCAAGACUGGGCAGAACAGUUUAGAAUUUAGUUCUGUCACUACCUUAGAGUAUUUGUUUAUUCCCAAAUUUACCGUAAACUGAGAUUUUUAUGUUUUAAGUCACAUGAUAUUAAAAGUAUUGAAAAUAAUGACAACAUUCAUCAUGAUACUAAAUCACCUGAGGUCCAGUGGAGAUGAACAUUUUCUCAGUAUUGUAAUUUGACUCUUUUCCUCCCUCUCUCCUCAUGCACUUUGCUCUGAAAGUUCAUCUCCUGUAAUUUACAAAGUUUUCAUUGUUGGCCCUUUUUUGUUUUUGCUUCCUCAGGGUGCUACAUCGCAUCAUCUGGGACAAAACUUCUCCAAGAUGUUUGAGAUCGUGUUUGAGGAUCCAAAGAGGCCAGGAGAGAAGCAGCUGGCUUACCAGAACUCUUGGGGAAUCACAACCAGGACCAUUGGUGUCCUCACCAUGGUGCAUGGGGACAACAUGGGGCUAGUCUUGCCUCCCAGGGUGGCCUGUCUGCAGGUACAGACGCACCAAGAUGCUAUCAUGCCAUCUUAGUUUGUUUUUUUUCCUCUAAAAUUUACCUAAAACAUCAACUACCUACCCGCCCAAUCCAUAGGAGAAAAAAAGACAAUCUUGUUCAAUCUCUGUCUGCAUCCUUAGGUUGUCAUCAUCCCCUGUGGUAUCACUGCCUCGCUGUCAGAGCAGGAUAAGGAGGCUCUGUUGGCCCAGUGCUCUAAAUACCAGAGCAGGCUGCUGGAUGCUGGGGUCAGGGUGAAGUCUGACCUCAGAGACAACUACUCUCCAGGGUGGAAGUUCAACCACUGGGAGCUCAAGGUCAGUGAUAAAAUGAAUAUUAUACCUGUAUGCCCACAUUUCACCACAAAAAUCAUGAUAAAAGAUGAAAAGGGACAAGUUUCCACAGCCAAGGUUGUUUUGAGGACAAAGAUUACUCUAGAUGUCCCAUCUGUCUCUCUCUGUUGGAGUGACCAACUUAUUGAUUUUUGGCAAGGGUUGCAGGAGGACACCAUGAAGUAAACAUUAACAGCAACAUAAAACCAUACCACUACAACAGGUUAAAUAAACAAGAUGACAACAGUGGUGCAUCGAUUAGCUAGGUGACUGUCCACUCAUCUCAAUGUAGCUGAUCCUCUGCUGAUAUCUGAUUUACGCACACACAGGCUGCAUGUUUAUUCCUCACACACGGUGCCACAAACACAUACCUAAAAGUCACACACUUACACAGUCUCAUAGGUACUUGGUGUGCAGUACUACUGCAACAGUCUGAAACAGCGUGGGUCUCAUAUACCAGACCACUGUGCAGAAGGUCAAUCACAGAGGAGGAGGAACUGGAGGAGUAGCAAUAUUCAUCUGUUGUUUCUUUCUCUGUGUGACACUUGUUCAGGGUGUACCGAUCCGUCUGGAGGUCGGUCCUAAAGACAUGCAGCAGCGUCAGUGUGUUGCUGUGAGGAGAGACACCGGAGCGAAGGUGACAAUUCCAGAGGCCGAGGUGGAGAAAAACCUGGUCGCCAUGCUGGAAGAUAUCCAGAACAACCUGUUUAGAAAGUAAGAGACACACAACACCUCAGGGCCAGACUCACUCUGCAUGGCUUUUAAAUAACUGAACAUGGCAUGCUUGGUUGUUGGUGAGGUGUAAGCUCUCAAAAAGUCUUUUUCCAGCAAGGGCAGACCUCUACUGUCACACAUUCAGAUUUAAAAUCCAACUGUGGUGUGUGAUGGGAUGAUAAAAACAAGACCCAGCUUUUUGUAAAUGAACCUUUGACUGUAUACAUAGAUGGAUGGCUGAUCCUCAUCUCUAUCCGUUGUAAAAACAGAGAAAGGAAAAAGAGAAAAAAAACAUUUUAAUGCCCCUAUGAUUGGCACUAACAUCUUGGACCACAGAUUUUUAUAAGCCUGAGUUUGUGUUGUAGGGAUUUGCUUUUGGAGAGACUGGGGACUUUCACAGUGAAAAAAAUCAUAAAUAAAGCAUGUUUAUCGUCAAGUGAAUUGAGCGUUAGCAGAGCUACAUUCAGUGGUAAUUAAUGAGAAUUGCUGUAUUCACAGUCGCUCUCCUUGAUCAUGCAGCAGACAGCCUACUUUUCAUUAUCCUGGACUUAACACAACAGAGUUAUCAGUUGAAAUGCACUCUGGUAAAUCAAAGAUUUAAAUUAUGUUGUAGUUAUGCAAAGUUUUUGUUCACAACCAUGACUAGAUCUCAUAUGUGUGUGAGUACAAAACCUGAAACAAGUGUGAAGACAGGUGAUGAUGGGAUUGUAUAAUCCUUGAUCUGGAAACUGGUGACAGUCCCUGUGGUAGGCCCUGAUAUCUUGAGCUUGUGAUGGUCCUUUGGGCCACAGUCUGCAUUCUUAGAGUCUAUUCUUAGAGCAACAGCAAAAACCUCCAUAGCGUCUGUAAACCAAGACAUCUUCAGUAGGGGGCGGCAUUGUGAUAGAAAUGGUACUCUGUAAGGGGGCAGUGAUAAUGGUCUCACAGAAUCUAUAAGAAUAUAAGAGCAAAAGUCAAAGUUUGUUGUGUUUGUGUUUUUUAGGGCUUCAGAGGACCUGAAGAAAAAUAUGGUGGCUGCAGACUCGAUGGAACAGUUCCAGAAAGAGUUGGACCAGGGCAAGGUGAGAACCCUACUCAUGCUCAGAGCACAACAUUUCAGAAUCUGUUCUCACCCACUGAUGUCAUUUUUUUUUUGCUGUAUAGAUCGUCCAGAUCCCAUUCUGUGGAGAGAUUGCAUGUGAGGAUUGGAUCAAGAAAAUCACUGCCAAGUAUGUCUGACAGUGAUGCUGUCUUACAUUACACUAGAAUAGAGCUGUCACAGUAUUAGGUUUUCACCUCACAGUUAUCGUGGGCUGAAAGUUUCAUGAAAACCAUAUUAUGACCCAUAAUAUCAGCAACCUCUGGAUGGACGCAUCCAUAAAGAAGAGAUUGUUUUGUAACAUGAUUAUUUUUUUAAUUUGAUGCUUUAAUUUUGAUGCUUUACUGUCUUGGGUUUUGGUUUUUUUUUUGUCCUGUUUUGUACAAACAUGCUUUUAUUUUGAAAUGAAGUAGACACUUCUUUAGCUAGUCAUGGUACUGAAUGAAAAAGCUGAAAAAUUGGUUUGAAAGAAUAAAUGAACAUAUCCUGAUUUAUUCAAUUAUGACACAGUUUCAUAACCCUCAGUUAGAGGUUUUGCUGUGUGGGGGUUGAAAAAGGUCAGAGGUGACAAGUUUCUGAACUGUUUGAACUGAAAUUUAAGUUCCCACCAGUCUGAAAAUGAAAACUGAAAAACCUCAAAUAAUUAGUCUAAACAGAGCAGUUUAGCUCAUUAUGUGCUUGGAGUCAGCAGUUAAACGAAUUUGUUGAAUAUGACUAACAUUUGCAGAGCCAUUACCACCAGCCUCCAGCCUAAUUUCUGCCAGUAAAGACUGUUUUAUUUUUUGUUCCACUUUAGGGACCAGGACCUGGAGCCCGGUGCUCCAUCCAUGGGAGCAAAGAGUCUCUGUAUCCCCUUCUCCCCCCUGAAGACGCUGCAGCCCGGUCAGAUGUGUGUCAGUGGAAAGGAAGCUGCCAAGUACUACACCCUGUUUGGACGCAGCUACUAAAGAGCUGUUCAGCUGGAGCACAAGGAUGACUGUGGUUGUCAUAAAGGGCUCUCCUUCAUUUCCACUUUUAGUCUCUAAUCCUGUGAGUGUAUGUAGGCUGGACUGUGGGACUCAGAUCUGGGGUGUUGUUGUUUGUGUUUGUUUAGUUUUUUAUUUACAUAUGAUUUCAUUCUUAUCAUAACUUGUCUGACAGAAACUGAGGUGAGAGAAAACAUUUGUAGUGUUGCUGCUUUACCACAUGGCUGUUUGCUCUGUCAAUGCUGACUGUCGUCUAGUGCUUUGUGUUGGGAUGGGGUUACCACCAGUCAGCAGGCUGAUAUAGCAUAUCAUAAGUCAUCUUAUGCAGUUCUUUAUAACAUGGCAGUUGUAAAGGCAAUAAUAGCUGGAAGCCACUUCUGAAUUGAUUUUUUUAUAUUUACUUAACACUUUAAAUAAAAUAAAAAAUCUGGCUUUGUUUCUGUUAAAGUUGCUUAUUUAUGUAUGGAGGGAGUUUAGCUCUUGUUAAAUCAUGACAAAUUCCCGAAAGCUGUGGCGUCUCCUGGGUAAAAUUUACUGUUUGUCUGCCAGUAAUCUCAUCUCAUGCAGCCAUACUGUCUCAGGACCUCUGCAGAUACUCAGGCUUGUUGUUGUCUAAUUGUUCCCACAGCCCUCAUCCAUUUGUACAAAUGGUUACAGUAAGUGGCUCAUCAUUCACAGCUAAUACUAAUACCUCAGAGCGACAUGGUGACGCUCUAAAUAGCUGUAUGUGUUUAAAAUCUUCAUAUAAAGCCCUCUGUCUCUACUCUUCUGUUUUAAGACUCUAAAUCUUGUCAAAAAUAAAGUAAUUUUUGUGGCAAACUGUCCUGUGUUGUUUUGAUUAAGCUUGAAUGAUGAUGGGUGGAGAAGACAGUUUGUGGCCUGUUAAUGGGUCAUUUAUUAUUUAUGCAGGACUAAUGUGCAAAAUAACAAUGUGACAGAAAAAAAGCUUGAUUACAUCAGGAUUUAGGAGUAUCAUGUGCUUGCUUAGAGUGUAAGAAUUAAAAAUUCUCAUUUUGAUAAAGUCUUAAUUUUGCAGCAUGAUUGUGUACAGUUUGCAGUCAAGUAUUUUAUUGAGUAUUUUACUGUAUACUGUGCAGACUUACAUAAUCAACAGUGCAAAUGUGGAGAUGUUUAGGUUAAUAGGAUGGACUGCAGUUAACUGCGAGCCUCCCUGGUUAUAUAAUAGCGUGGCUUGUCUAGCGGGCAAAUAAAGAGCAGCACUUCCUGUUUAAUUUCAAAAUAAAACCAUUGGCACAUUGAGGCUAUGUAAUUUGCUUUCCACUUAGUGACUCAAAG